ACGCAUUCUGCCCGGACAUGUGAAUAGUUGCACACAUGCCCAGAAUCGGUUUCGGCACGCCAUUGUGAAAAAUAGACACUUAGACACUAUUGGCUUCUCGCUCUGAGCUUGCGUUCAUAGUUGAGUUAUCUUUAGUGGAAUAACAAAAGGAACAUUUUUCCCCACAAUGGCUACGGACUCCUGGGCUCAGGCGGUGGACGAACAAGAAGCAGCGGCGGAAUCGAUUGCUCACCUUCAACUAAAGGAGAAACCAGAGGAAAACGGCACGACUGCAAACGCAACAGACUCCAGCAGUGCAGCUGCAUCGUCAGAUGCACCCACAGAUGACGAUGACAAAGAGGACAAAGCGGCACAGUCAUUGUUAAACAAGCUUAUACGGAGUAAUCUUGUCCAGAACACGAAUCAAGUGGAAGUUCUUCAAAAGGAUCCCAACUCUCCGCUCUACUCGGUUAAGUCCUUUGAGGAGUUGCGACUCAAACCACAGCUGCUUCAGGGUGUCUAUGGCAUGGGUUUCAACCGGCCAUCCAAAAUCCAGGAGACUGCCUUACCCAUGAUGCUGGCCGAGCCUCCACAAAAUCUGAUUGCCCAGUCGCAGUCAGGAACAGGGAAAACAGCUGCCUUUGUCCUGGCCAUGCUCAGUCAUGUAGAUCCCAACAACAAAUAUCCCCAGUGCCUGUGUGUGUCACCCACUUAUGAACUGGCACUACAGACCGGCAAGGUAAUCGAGCAGAUGGGCAAAUACUACCCUGAAGUCAAGCUUGUCUAUGCCAUCAGAGGAAACAAAUUGCAGCGGGGCAUGAAGCUACAGGAACAGAUAGUUAUUGGCACUCCUGGUACCAUGCUGGACUGGUGUGGUAAAUUCAAGUUUAUAGACCCCAAGAAGAUCAAGGUGUUUGUGCUGGACGAAGCUGACGUCAUGAUCGCCACACAGGGUCACCAGGACCAGAGCAUCCGCAUCCAGAGGAUGCUGCCCAAAAACUGCCAGAUGUUGCUGUUCUCAGCCACAUUCGAGGAGUCAGUGUGGAACUUCGCCCAGCGCAUCGUGCCCGACCCCAACAUCAUCAAGUUAAAGAGGGAGGAGGAGACACUGGAUACUAUCAAGCAGUACUAUGUGUUGUGCAACAGCAAAGAAGAGAAAUUCCAAGCCCUUUGUAACAUCUAUGGAGCCAUCACCAUCGCCCAGGCCAUGAUCUUCUGCCAUACAAGGAAAACUGCAGGCUGGUUGGCAGGGGAGCUGUCCAGAGAGGGCCACCAGGUGGCGCUGCUCAGCGGAGAGAUGCAGGUGGAGCAGAGAGCUGCUGUCAUCGACCGUUUCAGAGAUGGCAAGGAGAAAGUCCUGGUGACCACAAAUGUUUGUGCUCGAGGCAUCGAUGUUGAGCAGGUUUCUGUGGUGAUCAACUUUGACUUGCCAGUAGACAAGGAUGGUAACCCAGACAACGAGACAUACCUGCACAGGAUUGGCCGCACGGGUCGAUUUGGCAAAAGGGGACUGGCCAUCAACAUGGUGGACAGCAGGAUGAGCAUGAGCAUCCUCAACAGGAUCCAGGAGCAUUUCAGUAAGAAAAUCGAAAAACUAGACACAGAUGAUCUGGAUGAAAUUGAGAAAAUCGCCGGCUAAAGGGAGCGCUGUUUAUCGCAUGAAGGAUGCUGAACUGACUUCCCUUCCCCUCUUCGCUCUCCAAGGACUCUACGCUCCUACAGUGUUUUAUGCUUUUAUUUUUUAGCCGUCGGAGAAAAGAGCAAAACACAGCACAUGUUUACACGUGGAUAUGUCUCUUCUCAGACGAGUGUUUUGUAAGUCUCUGGAACAUACCCCAUUUCACUCUUUGUACCUCUUUGAAUAAAGUCUAUGAUUUUAUUGCUGUGUAUCCUGAUGCUGCAGAAGCAGCCAUAGCGGACUUUCUUUCACUGAACACACUUGGAUUUUAAAAAUAAACACUUUUAGGUGUUGGCUGUAGUGGUUGCAUGAUGCAAACUACUUUGUAAAAAGAUUCACAGAAAACAUGAUUAUAAAAGAAAAAAAAAAAAACAUUUUAUGUGCCACAAAGUUUAUAAUUUUAAAAAGAACAAAGUAUAAUUGAAUGUAACUGUAUCAUGUAGACUAUUACAGCAUUUAUUUUGCUCUGUAUUGACCAAAAGUACAAAGGGUGAAGUUGGGUAUGCUGCUCCAAGUGAUAGUUUAAUCAUUAAAAUUAUGACAUUGA